UGAGACAGAAAAGAAAUGAAAAGUUUCGUGAUUCGUAUUCCUGGUCGUCAUAAGCGUUUUGUUGCAACGUAUAAUCCUAAUUUUGUUGAACGAAAGCAAUUUUCAAGAAAAAUUGUCCGUACUGUAAACUGUAACCUAUUCCAUUGCACCUCUCGUGCUCUAACCUCUGCAGAGAGUGCUAAUAAGUUAAAUGAAGAUCAACAAAAUAAUGGAAACAAUGCAUUUAAAACUAUGGCCUCUGCUUCAAUUGUUUUAUCAAAUGAACAUGCAGUGCAUGAAAAUCGAAGAAGUUCACCUGAUAUUCCAGUAAAUUUUGAAGAAAUGUUUAGCGGUAAAGUAUAUCAUUUGAAGGAUGGUAAUAAAAAAGAUAAUGCCAUUACAGAGCACCAAAGUAUAAAAAGAUUAGAAAAUGAAAAAGAGCACACGAAAACCUAUAACAAUAACAACACAAGAGUAAAUGAAAUUAAUAUGCAAAUGCUUUCAAAAUCAUUACAUAAGCAGAUAUUUAAUGAUUCUAACAAACAGGGAGAAAUAUCAAAGGAAGAGAUAGAAUCUAUAAAGGACAAUUUACGCUUGUAUGGAAUAAAAAUUGAAGAUGCAACUAGAGUACCUGAUGUGGAUAUUAGACUACCUCCUUUAGAAGGAAAUGAUAUAGAGCAACAUUUUUAUAAUAUUGCUAAAUCACAAAUUGAACCUUAUGUAACAAUUGUAAAGGAGAUUAUGAAAAAUGUUCCAAAAAUGCCAGAUAAGUGGAUACUAAAAGAGGGAUGGACUAGAUAUACAUGCAAUGGUGCAGAGAGUGUAGAUUAUCCAUUAGAGGAUGGUAUCAUUUUUGAUAUAGAAGUUUGUAUGAAAGAAGGAUCUUUACCAACACUUGCUACUGCAGUAACUAGUCAAGCAUGGUACGGUUGGGUAUCAAAAUCUUUAGUAGAUGGUGUAAGUAGAAAUUUUGAAGGUCAACAAUUUACUAUGGAUCAAUUAAUUCCAAUGGAAAGUAAACCUACAGAAUAUGGAGAAAAAUUAAGUAAUUACCAUAAAAAGCCAAAAAUUUUAGUAGGUCACAAUGUGUCCUUUGAUAGAAGCAGGAUUAAAGAACAAUAUUGGUUGAAUCAAACAGGAUUACGGUUUGUGGACACAUUGUCACUUCACAUCUCUGUUAGUGGGAUCAGUAGUUACCAAAGAGCAAUUUUAAAUGCAAAGAGAAAUACGGCAGAAAAAUUUGAUUUACAUACACAAACCUCUUUAAAUAGUUUAACAGAAAUAUAUAAAUUUUAUUGUGGCACAAAAUUAAAUAAGGAACUCAGAAAUGUUUUUGUAGAAGGAACUUUGAAGGAUGUGAAAAAAGAUUUUGAAACCUUGAUGACCUAUUGUGCAAAUGAUGUGCUUGCAACAUAUAAUGUGCUAUGCCACUUAUUUCCUAUUUUUGAAGAUAGAUUUCCUCAUCCUGUUACUUUAGCAGGAAUGUUAGAGCUUGGAACUUCAUAUUUACCCACAAAUUCGAAUUGGCUCAGAUAUUUAAGCGAAUCAGAGACAACAUUUGAACACUUAAAUUAUGAGAAUAAGUGUACUCUUGCUAAAAGAGCUAAUGCUGUUUGCGAACUUAUGCACAAUGAAAAAUAUAAGGAAGAUUUAUGGAUGUGGGAUGAAGAUUGGAGUACUCAAAAAAUUAAGAUGAAAUCGACAUCAAAAGUUUCAAAAAAGAAAUGUCAAGUACAAAACACAGAAAAAAAAGAAACUGAUUCGCAAAAGUAUCUUUCGGAUGGAGAGGAGGAGGAAGACCCUUUGGAGACAAAAUUUGCCUAUUUAAAAGAAACAAGAAAGCUUUUACCUAUAAAAUUACCACAUAUGUCAGGAUACCCUGCAUGGUAUAGGAAACUUUGUUUUAAAUUCAAUGAUAAAAACUGGGAACCAGGACCACAAAAUAUUAGUACCUCUAUGCAAAUUGUACCAAAAUUAUUGAAUUUGACAUGGGAGGGUUAUCCUUUGCACUAUAUGCAAAAAAAAGGUUGGGGUAUUUUAGUACCUUAUAACAAGGAUUUAAGUAUUGAAACCAAAGUACCUUUAAAACAACUUUUGAAUCAUUGUUCUUCAUUACAAAUGAACAAAAUGGAUGGAACAAUUGAAUCUGAUGGCACAGAUUAUGCAAUGUCAACUCUUAACAAAGAGGUGGAAAAUGAUAGGAAAAGAUUUUGGAAUUCUAAGAAAAAAAAAUCAGAUUCUCAUUUCGUUAACACUUACAAAAUAAGUGCAGUUUGGUGCAAUACAGUUAUAGAUAAUUGCUGUUACUUUCUUAAAUUGCCACAUAAAGAUGGAGAAAAUUAUAAUGUUGGUAAUCCAUUGGCUAAAGAUUUUUUGAAUAAGUUUUCUGAAAAUGUCCUUGCUGGUUUGGACAGCAGUGCUGCAGAAGUAUUGAGGACUACUAAAAUGAUGUCAUAUUGGAGAAAUAAUAGGAACAGAAUCAUGUCACAGUUUGUAAUAUGGUUUGACAACUGCAACUUACCAAACACCGUUAAAAAAACUAAAAAGCCAAUGCGUUAUGGUGCAAUUUUACCUUUGGUAGUUGUUUCUGGUACCCUGACUAGACGAGCGGUAGAACCUACGUGGAUGACUGCUUCUAAUGCUAACCCUGAACGCGUUGGUUCCGAAUUACGGGCUAUGAUACAAGCUCCACCAGGGUAUAGUAUUAUUGGUGCUGAUGUCGACAGUCAAGAGCUGUGGAUUUCAUCAAUGAUAGGAGAUGCUUAUGAUAAAAAAAUUCAUGGAGCCACACCUUUCGGUUGGAUGACACUAAUUGGCACUAAGUCCAAUGAAACUGACAUGCAUAGUAUUACAGCCAAAGCAAUUGGGAUUUCUAGAAGCCAAGCUAAGGUCAUCAAUUAUGCUAGAAUUUAUGGUGCUGGGCAAAACUUUGCAGAAAGACUUUUAAAACAAUUUAAUCCAUGCAUGACGGACUCGGAAGCUGCAUCUAAAUCUCGAAAAAUGUUUACUAUGACGAAAGGUAAAAAAGUAUAUAGAUUGAAACCUGACUAUACUAAUAACGAUCUGGAGGAUAAACAAUAUUCAUCUUACGAGGCUCAUAAAGUAUCGGGUUUAUUUGGUAAAACAAUAUCAGAGAUGUUUGAGACAAGUAAAUGGGUGGGUGGUUCGGAAUCGGCAAUGUUUAACAGACUUGAAGAAAUUGCUCAGAGCCCCCAUCCUGUUACUCCCUUCUUAAACUCCCGGUUAACCCGCGCUUUAGAAAAUCAAAAAGACAAUAGUAAACAUUUACCUACAAAAAUCAAUUGGGUGGUUCAAAGUGGAGCAGUUGAUUUCUUACAUUUGAUGUUAGUUUCAAUGAAAUGGCUCAUGAAAGAUAAUUUAAGAUUCUGUUUAUCAUUUCACGACGAGGUGCGAUAUUUAGUGCCAUCACGCUAUAAAUACAAUGCUGCGCUCGCCAUGCACGUUACCAAUCUUUUAACACGGUCAUUUUGUGCUUCAAGAGUUGGAAUAAAAGAUCUUCCAAUGUCGGUAGCGUUUUUCACUUCCGUAGAGGUCGAUACUGUUUUGCGCAAAGAAUCAAGGGAUGACUGUAAGACACCUUCGAAUGUUUAUGGAUUAACAAACGGAUAUGAAAUUCCUCCUGGAGAAAGUUUGGACAUAUUUACGGCUAUAGAGAAAACAGGAGGGUCCUUAGGAUCUUGGCACGCCGGCAAGAAACAAAGAAAAGAAUCACCCAAGCAAGAAACGUUGCACAAAUUAAAGACAUAA